ACAUAAAUAUCUAUGAUGAUAGAAUUCGUUUUUAUUGCUCAUUUAUAAGAAAUAUUUUCAAAUUGUCAUUUCUGUGAAUGUGUGUUGGAAAAUAUGUAUAUGUAUUUAUAUUAUAUGUGUGUAUGUAUAUAUAUAUAUAUAUGCAUAUAAAAUUAAUCAAACGACAAUCAACAUAACCUUUUUUUAUAAUACGUUAAUACGAAAUCCGAUAAUUUAAAUCCGAUAAUUGCAAUUAGUAUUAACUAAAGUGAUUUUCUUCGAUAUGACCGAAUUUAUACAAGGAACAUGUUUAUUAAUGUGUCCAGACAAAGAACGUUUUAUCAGAGAGAGAGAAGGUUUAUUACAUAAAUUUGAGAUCGACGAAACUGCGAAAGGAACAAAAUUGCCGAAAGCGGAUCCAAAAAAAACUAUAAAAUGUUUUAGUCGUCCAGCAGCAGGAUUAAUAAUGACCGAUAUGAAACAAUUACGUCCGGCACCAGUGUUAUUGUCAACGAUUAAAUAUUUAUUUACCAAGAUAGCUACACGAACAGAUGUGGAUUGGAUAAUGAUAUAUGAUUUUAUCUUUGAUCGUUUGAGAUCCAUUAGGCAAGAUGCUGCGAUUCAAAGGAUCGAUGUUUCUAUGAACAUUCGAUUACUAGAACCUAUAGUUCGAUUUUUGGUUUAUUCCGCGCAAAGAUUAUGCGAACGAAGUAUUUCUGAAUUUAAUGCUAAAAUCAAUGAUCAACACCUCAUCGAAUGCAUAACGCGUUUACUAAUCUUAUAUGAUGAAUCCGAAGAUUUUUCGGUUACCGAAAAAAGUAUGAAAAAAUUAACAUUGAACAAUGAUCGUCAACAAAUGGAGGCAUUAUACAUUCUUUUGCAUAUGGGUAAUACAGAAUCCUUAAUGAGAGCAUUACAACUUCCUCUCUAUUUACGGAAAUCUCCAGAUGUGCAAUUAUCAAUAAAAAUAUCAUUUGCUUGGUAUUUAAAAAAUUAUGUGCGUGUUUGUCAUUUAAUUCAACAAUUAUCUCCGUUACUUAUUUGUGCAGCCAUGAUUAGUAUACAAAAAUUAAGAAGAAUGGCAUUGAAAAUUAUGAGUUCAGGAUACAAUAGUAAAAUUUUCACUUUUCCAGGACUUAAAUUGCAAGUUUUAUUAUAUAAAGAGAUAGAAAAAAUACAAGUAGAUUGUGAGUUAUUUGGACUUGUAUUUACCAAUCAGAAUAUUUUAUUUCAAAAAGCUAAUUUCAAAGAUGAAAUUAAAUUGGCACAUCCAGAAAUGUACUACACGCAUCAUUAUUUACACAGUCUUUUACCACAAAUUUUACUUGAAUCUAUAUAUUGAGCAUAUAAAAAAUACAAUGCAUUUAGAUUCUUA